UUCCUGUGUAAUACCGUAUCAAGGAUGGCAUGAGCUCAGCAAUUUAGUGUCAUUACGACAGCAGGAGUCCACUUACGGCACAGUUACGUCACGUAUUGCUCAGCAGAAGAGCAACUGCCUCAAAUUUAUGGCUGCAGAUGUGUAGCCUGGGAUUAACCGACAAAACACGGACUGAUGGAAAACACGGGACGUCAUGAAAGAGACUGACACUGUGAGGGUUGAGAAAGAUAAUAAUUGUGAAGAAAAUGAAGAGGAGGCUCCAAUGAGGCGAAGUUUCUCUGUAGAAGACCUCUUGGAUGAGGUGGAGAAGAUCUGUUAUGAUGCCUCAGGAGCAUCAAAGGUGGAGAUGGUGGUGAGGCUGUGGAAGGAUGGCUUCACUGUAAAUGACGAGGAGUUUCGCAGCUACUCCGUACCAGAGAACCAGGAUUUCCUGGAUGCAAUCAAGAGGGGGGAGCUUCCAGCAGAGUGGGAGAGCAGAGCAGAAGAGGAGGAGCUGGAGAUCAGUGUGGAAGAUCUGACGGAAGAAAAUUAUGUUCCCAAGAAAAAGGCCUUUCACCCAUUUAGUGGCCGAGGAUACCGGCUUGGCAGUGUUGCCCCUCGAGUAGUGGCGAGGUCACCAUCUGUGCAUGAGGAUGGAGAAUCUCCUCCUAUUCCCAUGGUAACACUAGACCACGCCCUUCCUGUUACCUCCCUGCAGAUCUGGUUGGCUGACGGCAGGAGAUUGGUGCAGCGGUUUAACCUAUCGCAUCGGAUCGCUGACGUUCAAGACUUUGUGGCACGCUGCCAAAGAAGCUGCCCCCCCUUCGUUUUGACAACAUCACUGCCUUCCCGAGAGCUCACCGAUAAAGAAUUAAGUCUAGAAGAGGCGGAUUUGGCAAAUGCUGUCAUUGUCCAGAGACCCCUGCACACCCGGACUCUGUUUGGACAUUCCUGACCAGCAGGGCCCCAUAAUUUAAACAGCACGCCACCUUUUCUCCCACUGGCACAUCACCAUCCUCUUCCUGAUGGCAAUCUCACUGCCUCCUAUGACUUGCAUAUUUAUAUAUUCAGUGGUUUGUGCUACAUUUGAUGAUUGUUAUUUCUCUCUGCAGUCUCUGUGUGGGAUUAUCUAAUGGAGAUAGUAUCUAUUAGUGACAGAGGUGCUACUGUCAGUGCUCACUUUGUCUUCUUCCUCCAGAGGAUUUACCUGCCAACAGGUCUCCCAAACUGUAGAAAAGCUGUCAAGGCAAACUGAUUCUGUUGCCCAUACAGAUGGACACACAUGGUUGACCAUCUGUUGGUCGACUAUAGUCCACGUAACCCUCCCUUCUUCCCUCACGCACACACACCAUACCACCACAAACACACUGAAGUCUUCCCAAACUGUGAUCACCACAUGUCUGCACUAUUUACUGCAAAAACGGGGCUGAUAUUUCACUUUGUAUCUCUUAAGUUGAUUAUAUUUAACAAAUGUUAUGAUUUUAAAAAGAAAAAGAUGACGGCUUGUUAUUUAUUUUGGUCUGACUGUUCAGUUUUAACAUUUUUUUGUGUGUCUAUGUGUGUUUUUUUGUGAACAUUGGCCUUUGUUUUGGGACGGGAGAUGUAGAGAUUUUCAUUUACAGUGUAUAAUUUAAUGUCUCGUUUGACUACACAGACAUAUCAAGGUACUAUAAAAACCCUCAAUUUUUUGCA